AAUGGACUAAAAAGGAAGUCGAAUUCUCAUAAAUAUUCCAGAAACUUCUCAAGCCAAAAUCAUAAACAAAGUUGGAACCUCUAAAUCGUCAAAUCCCUUUCAAUUAGACAUUGUGACCUUGUAAUACUGCUUCCAGCAUUCGAUUGAAACUUGUUCAAGAAAGGAAGGGAAAUUAUGGUUAAUCAGGGAGGAGGAGGGUCGGUAGCUGUGGCGCAAAUACCAACGAGCUUCGGACAUGAGCUGAGAGCUUGCCUUCGCUGCCGGCUGGUCAAGACCUAUGACCAGUUUAGGGAAUCCGGUUGCGAGAACUGCCCCUUCUUUCAGAUGGAAGAUGACCAUGAAAGAGUUGUUGACUGCACAACCCCCAAUUUCACAGGGUUAAUAUCUGUCAUGGACCCGACUAGGAGUUGGGCUGCGCGUUGGCUCCGCAUUGGAAAAUUUGCGCCUGGUUGCUAUACGCUUGCAGUCUCUGAAGCACUGAAUCCCGACUUGCAGAAUAUUUGUGAAGAAGAGCACGUGCCAUAUGUUCCUCCAAAACGUGUCUGACUCGCUACUCGACCGUUGUUUCCUUCUGAUCUUCCCUUCCCCCUAAUCUAGCUGUUUAAUAUGUUCACCCUCUACCCAAAACAACCCCCAAAAAAGUGAAAACAAAACAGAAUUUGUGCUUUGUAUAUGGACGAAUUUAUGUGGGGAUUCAUUUUGUCUGUUUUUAUUAUGUGGGUUUGUAGUUUUUGCAAUUUGAGAGGUUGUGUUGGACAAUUUCUCAAAAAGUACUAAACUGGAAUAUAUAUCAAAUUUAUCCUUAUAAA